AAGUGGAGAGGCAGCCAGGCAGACGUGUUGCAACAGAUGGCUUUACCAGUGGCGGCUCGGCGGCGGCAGCACCGAGGAACUCUGGGACGCCGUUAGACACAGAGCAGAGACAGAGGAAGGGAGGGAAGGGAGGGGUGUUAGAAAGUCACAAGAAAAAGAGACCGAGUGAGACUUCUUCUUCUUUUUCCUCUUCCUCCUCCUUGCUCUUCGGCUGCAAACUCACUGUCCUCCUCUGCAGACACAGGAAGACAUGUCAGUGUGAGCACAAGUUCUGCAGCUGAGAGGAGCAACAGUUUCAUGGAGGAGAUGAGUGUUUGAUCUGAGCCUUCAUCCUCCUCCUCCUCCUCCUCCUCCUCCUGCUCUGGGGUCAGAGAAGAGAACACCUGCUGACAGAGAGGAGGUCCUGAGGGAGGAGACCAGCAGCAGCAGCAGCAGCAGCAGCAGGAGGACUGAACACAGCAGGAGACUCCACGCACACUGAGACACACUGCAGGUCCCUGCUGAGCUGUACACACACACACUGUGUCACACACUGAGUACACUGCAGAGCGUCUGCUGCACAAGAGGUUGAGCGUCCUCGGGGGAAGCAGCUGAUUGGUUGACCUUAUUGGGGAGGUCAGGGGUCAAAGGCCAUGGCGGGCCGACUCCUCCUCUUCCUGUUCAUCUCUGUGAUGCUCGGCCACGUUGACCUCCUGUCUGGCCAGCGUCUGAAGCCCCGCCUCCAGAGAGACCGCCGCAACAUCCGUCCAAACAUCAUCCUGAUCCUGACGGACGACCAGGACCAGGAGCUGGGGUCGAUGCAGGCGAUGAAUAAGACGCGUCGCAUCAUGGAGGAGGGCGGAACUUCUUUCUCCAACGCCUUUGUGACCACGCCCAUGUGCUGUCCGUCACGGUCCAGCAUGCUCACUGGGAAGUACGUCCACAACCACAACACAUACACCAACAAUGAGAACUGUUCGUCCAUGUCGUGGCAACGGCAGCACGAGCCGCGGACCUUUGGGGUUUACCUCAACAACACUGGAUACAGGACAGCGUUCUUUGGGAAGUACCUGAACGAGUACAACGGCUCGUACGUCCCGGCCGGAUGGAGGGAGUGGCUCGGUUUGGUGAAGAACAGCCGCUUCUACAACUACACACUGAGCCGCAACGGAGUGCGAGAGAAACACGGGGCGCAGUACCCACAGGACUACCUGACCGACCUGAUCACGGCCGAGUCCAUUCGAUACUUCCGCUCCUCAAAGAGAGUUUAUCCUCACCGCCCGGUGAUGAUGGUGCUGAGCCACGCAGCGCCGCACGGACCUGAAGACUCGGCGCCGCAGUACAGCACCGCCUUCCCCAACGCAUCACAGCACAUUACUCCCAGUUAUAACUACGCUCCAAACCAGGACAAACACUGGAUCAUGCGUUACACUGGUCCCAUGAAGCCCAUCCACAUGGAGUUCACCAACAUGCUGCAGAGGAAACGCCUGCAGACGCUGCUGUCUGUGGAUGACAGCGUGGAGAAGCUAUACAACAUGCUGGUGGAGACCGGAGAGCUGGAGAACACCUACAUCAUCUACACAUCUGAUCAUGGUUACCACAUCGGACAGUUUGGCCUCGUCAAAGGUAAAUCCAUGCCGUAUGAGUUUGACAUCCGAGUCCCGUUCUUCAUCAGAGGACCCAACGUGGAGCAAGGCAGCAUUAACCAUCACAUGGUCCUGAACAUCGAUCUGGCUCCGACCAUUCUGGACAUCGCCGGCCUCGACACUCCGCCAGACAUGGACGGGAAGUCGAUCCUGUCUCUGCUGGACACCGACAAACCUGCCAACAGGUUCCAGCUGAACAGGAAGCCGAAGGUGUGGAGAGACUCCUUCCUGGUGGAGAGAGGGAAGCUCCUGCACCAGCGUGUGGAGGAAAGGAUGUCGCAGGAGGAGAACUUCCUGCCCAAACACCAACGAGUAAAAGACCUGUGUCAGAGAGCCGAGUACCAGACGCCCUGUCAACAGACCGGACAGAAGUGGCAGUGUGUGGAGGGCCAGGGUAAACUCCGCCUCUUCAAAUGUAAAAACGAAGGGGGAGGGGCUAAGAACUUCCAGAGGGGCAUGGCCAGUCGUCAGCGUCCACUCAGCAUUAAGUCUCAGCUGUACCACCGCAACCCUGAUGCCUGUGACUGCAGCCUGCGUGACAUCCGACCUCUGAGCCCGCGGCCUUCCACGAUGAGACCGUUCAACAAGAAACCUUUCUUCUCCAAAAAGAAGUUCAAAGCCCUGAAGAGUUACUCCAGGAACCGUUACCGCUCCGUGUCCAUGACCAACAGUUAUCCCGGUAACCACAGCUUGGGGGGUGGAGCCAACUGGGCUCAGUCAAUAACAGACGAGCCUGAGGAUGAGUUCAGCGGGAUGGGAGGAGUUCCCAAUGUCGUGGCCCCGCCCAACUCCCACAAGGUCACACACAGAUGUUCCAUCCUGUCCAACGCCACAGUCAGGUGUGAUACAGGAGUCUAUCAGUCUCUGCAGGCCUGGAAGGAUCACAAGCUGCACAUCGACCACGAGAUUGAGACGCUGCAGACCAAGAUAAAGAACCUGAGAGAGGUCAGAGGUCACCUGAAGAAGGCCCGCCCCCUCCAGUGUGACUGUAAUAAAUACCUGUAUAAAUCCAAACUGAAGAACAAGCUGAGGUUCAGAGGAGGAGGACACCCGUUCAGGAAGGGCGGAGCUCGGGAUAAGAAGGCGUGGCUUCUAAAGGAGCAGAAGAGGAGGAAGAAAAUGAGGAAGAUGAUCAAGAGGAUCAGAAACAACGACACAUGUUCGAUGCCCGGACUCACCUGCUUCACACACGACAACCAGCACUGGCACACUGCGCCAUACUGGACAUUGGGUCCAUUCUGUGCCUGCACCAGCGCCAACAACAACACCUACUGGUGUCUGAGGACGAUCAACGAGACCCACAACUUCCUGUUCUGUGAGUUCGCCACCGGCUUCCUGGAGUACUUUGACCUCAACACAGACCCAUACCAGCUGAUAAACGCCGUCAGCUCUUUAGACCGCACCGUCCUCAACCAGCUCCACGUUCAGCUGAUGGAGCUCCGAGGCUGCAGGGGACACAAGCAGUGUAACCCCCGCACACGCUCACUGGAGCAGGGGGGGCGGGAACACGGCAGCUUCGAUGACUACAGGGUGUUUGAGAGGAGGAAGUGGCCGUGAAUCAAGAAACCUUCAUCGCCUCGAACCCUGUGAGUCUUCCUCGCUGUAGAUCAGCUGGCUGCGUUCUGCUUACUGCUGUAAUACUAAACCUGUCUGUCCAUCUGCCUGUCUGCCUGUCUGUCUGUCUGCCUGUCUGUCUGUCUGUCUGUCUGUCUGCCUGCCUGUCUGUCUGUCUGUCUGCCUGUCUGCCUGUCUGUCUGUCUGUCUGUCUGUCUGUCUGCCUGCCUGCCUGUCUGUCUGUC